AGGCAGUGAGAUUGUUUACGCAAGUGAGAGCGGGUGGCCGCGCGCGAGCCUUCUUCAUAUUUAAUGAUAAGUCCACAGAUUUUUGCGAAUACACUGACUUUUGCGUCGUAGUCGGUCGUUAAGUGUAAGUGAAAUAACCCUCGCCACCAAAAUGCCAGUAGAACACGAUACUUCUCAUCAGAACGGCCAAGAGGACACUGGCGGCGGCGGUAGCAACGUUAGCACCGAAACCCCGUCACAGCAGCCACAGCAAGCGCCUGAACCCAUCGCCACAACCAUCGUCAACGGAACUCACCCGAAGGUUCCUUCAACUGCUGAUGACCAAGGACGACAGGAGUCUCCCAAAGAUCCCAAAAAGACUGAUGGGAGCGCAAGCUUCCUACGGGCGGCGAGGGCGGGGAACUUGGAGAAGGUGUUGGAGUUCCUCAAGACCAAUACUGACAUCAACACCUGCAAUGCUAAUGGCCUUAAUGCCCUGCACCUCGCUAGCAAAGAGGGACAUGUAAGUGUUGUAACUGAACUGCUGCAACGAGGUGCAAAUGUCGAUGCAGCUACCAAGAAGGGCAACACAGCCCUCCACAUUGCCUCUUUGGCUGGACAGGAGGAGAUUGUGAAAGUCCUUGUGCAGCACCAAGCAAUGGUGAACAUUCAGUCCCAAAAUGGCUUCACCCCUCUGUACAUGGCUGCACAAGAGAAUCAUGAUAAUGUUGUCCGCUUCUUACUGGCCAAUAAUGCCAAUCAGAGUUUGGCCACAGAGGAUGGCUUCACCCCCCUGGCAGUGGCUUUGCAACAGGGACACGAUAAGGUUGUGGCAGUUCUUUUGGAGAAUGACACAAGAGGCAAGGUGCGUCUUCCUGCUCUACACAUUGCUGCCAAGAAGGAUGACACAAAGGCUGCAGCUCUUCUUCUUCAUACAGACCACAACCCUGAUGUAACCUCCAAAUCAGGAUUUACACCUCUUCAUAUUGCAGCCCAUUAUGGCAACGAAAAUAUUGCGAAUCUCCUCAUUCAGCGCGGAGCUGAUGUAAAUUAUGUUGCAAAGCACCAGAUUACACCCCUCCAUGUGGCAUCGAAAUGGGGUAAAGGAAAUAUGGUGUCACUGUUGAUAGACAAGGGAGCUAAUUAUGAGGCCAAGACUCGGGAUGGCCUCACACCCUUGCAUUGUGCUGCAAGAUCUGGUCAUGACACUGUUGUUGAUAUGUUGCUAGAGAAAGGUGCUCCAAUCACGAGCAAGACAAAGAAUGGGUUGGCUCCCCUCCACAUGGCGUCGCAAGGUGAUCAUGUUGACGCAGCUCGUAUCCUCCUCUACCACAAAGCACCUGUUGAUGAUGUCACUGUAGAUUUCCUCACUGCUCUCCAUGUGGCUGCUCACUGUGGGCAUGUGCGAGUGGCAAAGCUGUUGCUGGACCGAAAGGCUGAUCCUAAUGCCCGAGCCCUCAAUGGCUUUACUCCACUCCACAUUGCUUGCAAGAAGAACCGCAUCAAGGUGGUGGAACUGCUUCUCAAGCAUGGUGCUAGCAUUGAGGCAACCACAGAGUCGGGUUUGACUCCACUUCAUGUAGCAUCUUUCAUGGGCUGCAUGAACAUUGUGAUCUACCUGAUUCAACAUGGAGCCUCUGCAGAUGUACCUACUGUUAGAGGAGAAACUCCUCUCCACCUUGCAGCAAGAGCUAACCAGACAGACAUCAUCCGCAUCCUGCUUAGAAAUGGUGCUCAGGUGGAUGCUAGAGCGCGGGAACAACAAACCGCUUUGCACAUCGCCUCCCGUCUGGGUAACAGUGACAUUGUUGUACUAUUACUCCAACAUGGAGCUGCUGUUGAUGCCACAACCAAGGACCAUUACACUGCCCUGCACAUUGCUGCCAAGGAGGGUCAGGAAGAGGUGGCUAGUGUACUCCUUGAGCAUGGUGCCUCCUUGACCUCCACCACAAAGAAAGGUUUCACACCUCUUCAUUUAGCAGCUAAAUAUGGUAAUAUGAAGGUAGCCCGCCUGUUGCUGCAAAAGGAUGCCCCUGUUGAUGCACAGGGGAAGAAUGGUGUUACACCUCUUCAUGUGGCAGCACAUUAUGACCAUCAGAAUGUUGCCCUACUACUGCUGGAUAAGGGUGCAUCUCCCCACGCCACAGCUAAGAAUGGUUACACUCCUCUCCACAUUGCUGCUCGCAAGAACCAGAUGGACAUUGCAACAACGCUGCUUGAAUAUGGUGCAAGUGCCAAUGCUGAAUCUAAGGCUGGAUUCACACCUCUACAUCUUAGCUCCCAGGAGGGACAUACAGAUAUGGCAACACUCUUAAUCGAACACAAUGCUGCACCAGGAGCUUGUGCAAAGAAUGGACUAACCCCAUUGCAUCUGUGCGCACAAGAGGAUCGUGUCAAUGUUGCUGCUAUUUUGGUGAAGCAUGGAGCCCAGAUUGAUCCAGCAACAAAGGCUGGUUAUACACCACUGCAUGUUGCCUGUCACUUUGGGCAAAUGAACAUGGUGCGCUUCUUGCUACAGCAUGGUGCCAAGGUUGAGUCUUCAACACAACUUGGGUACACUCCUCUCCACCAAGCAGCUCAACAAGGCCACACUCAGAUUGUCAACUUGCUCCUCGAAAAUAAGGCUGAACCUAACGCAGAAACAAAAGACGGCAAGACGGCUCUAAGCAUUGCACAACGUCUCGGCUACAUUUCUGUAGUCGAGACACUGAAGAUUGUGACAGAAACAACCAUUACUACUACCACCACCACUGUCACAGAAGAGAAGUACAAGGUGGUUGUGCCAGAGACAAUGCACGAGACCUUUAUGAGUGAAUCAGAAGAUGAAGGAGGUGACGACACUCUGGUCUCCUCCAUGUUUGGUAAGCAGCAGCACGUCACGCUCCCGUUCUAUGAAGGACAGUUACGCUACACCAGUGAUGAUACAAUGCUUGGGGACCAGUCAUACCGUUACCUGACAGCAGAUGAAAUGAAGUCACUGGGAGAUGACUCUCUUCCUAUUGAUGUCACAAAGGAUGAGAAGAUGGAUGUAUCCUUCAUCAGCAACACAAUGGCAGCUCCUCCAGUGGCCCCUGUAGACCAGCUUAGCCCCCAGCACCAGAAGGAACAUCAGUAUGCCCAGUACACCGGUCACUAUCCCUCUGACAAUGUGGACAUUGCUAAGACUCCUAUACUUGCCGGCUACAAGAGCUUUCAGAGUCUGGGGAGUGGAAAUCGCUCUUCAGUGUACUCGUUUCUCACCAGCGACUCUGAAAAUCCGGAGAAUGGUUGGCCUUAUGUUCGAAGGUAAAAGGGUUGGGGAAAAUGAUCAACUAAUUCUCAUAUUGCUUUCUACUGUGGGAAGAGCUGGAUCUUAACUUGUCUGGGAUAUAAAUGUGGUGCCACUGGGAAACUUGGUUAUUGUUUAGUUUAUGGCGUCUCUGACAACUAACAUGUAUUGUUUCAAAGCUAAGUGCUGAAUCUUCUCUUAUACUUAUUGUCUCAGGCUUCGCUUAGGGAUAUUUUAUUCAAGUUGUGUUGGGAAAUUAUACAUUUAGCUUUCUUUAUUUUCUUGGUUUGUUUUAAUAUUUAUAUGCAUUAAUCAAUACAAGUAAUCAAUAAUAAAAGGAAGAACUAUUCAUGCAAAGUAAAAAUGGCCCUUUGUGGAGCUAGGCUCUGAGAUCACCCAUGAAAAAGCCACUGCCAGGUUCCAGAAAUAGACUCUGUGGGAUACGUACAGAAAGUUCAGGGCUGGCUCAGUGUUGGCUAGGCAUUGUGACGGGUUUCACUACACCUCUCCUCUCCUCCCUUUCCACACCACAAUGGGCAUUGAACAACGGUACUUGUCGUUGAUUACAGUAAUCGCUAUUGAUGUGAUGUUUGAAUUUUUGCGUGUUGUCGUAUGAUUUAACUUGCUGUGGCACAGAUAGAUUAUAUAGUAGUAGAAUGUAGUUUUGUAAUAGUGUAAAAUAGGCUACUUUUUUUUUUCUUUUCCUGUGUCUCCUUAAUCUCUUCCUUUUUUUAUCUCUUGAUGGUUCUAUAUUUUUGGAGAAUGAGAAGUCUUUAUGUAACUCCUGCACAUUCCUUUCAGUUUAAAGCUAUGCAUAUAUUUUUGUUGCUUAUGAUUGAAUAAUUUUUGGUUUCUUUGUAUCCAGCAUUUGUGAUAUUGUCACUUCAUCAUUAUUGGCUUAGUUUGGCAAUGUUUCACAAAAGCUUGUCUUGUGUGUGCACUGGAACUGAAGAAGGAAUAUAUUUGGGUUUAACAAAGUUGGGAUGCACACCUAAGAACCAGCACUUAGGAGAUAGUGUAGUCCUUAGGGAGGUUCUUUAGCCUCAGUGCAUCGGCUGGUGUGUUAUUCUGCUGUGUUAACCGAAA